AUGGCGAAAGUGUGCAGUGAAAACUCCUUUUCAGUGAGAAGGCGGCUGUCCGCCAAUGACGAUGAGCUCGGUGUUAUUGAAAAUGGGGAGAGCAGAGUUCACUCUCUUUGUGGGGACAACUGUGACAGAGCACUGCGCUCAGAGUCCCACAGAGACUCAUUUACAGGUGCCGGGGCAAUGGCCAGACUGUCUUACUUCUUCUUCAUGCUGCGGAAUUGGGCGUCUCACAGAGUGAAGCCUGAACAAGAGAGACACGACUCGUUCCUCGACCGCUUCAGAGGCCCAGAGCUCAAAGACACGUCCAGUCUACACAGCAGUGCUCAGUCUGCGGGGCAUCACGACGCAGUCCGUAAGAGAAACCUUGCCAGUAAGUGGCCGCUGGCUGCUUACAACAUGAAUAACUGCAACAACACAGACGACAAAAAAGAGGACAAAAAAGAGGAGAUUAAAAAAGAUGAGAAAAAGGAGGAGAAAAAAGAUGAAGAGAAGAAGGAUGGGGACAAGAAGGACGAGGAAAAGAAAGAUGAGAAAAAAGAUGAGAAGAAGGAUGAGAAAAAAGACGAGAAGAAGGAUGAGAAAAAAGACGAGAAGAAAGAUGAUAAGAAAGAUGAUAAAAAGAAAGAAGAGCCACCGAAAGAAAUCUGGAUUAUGGAUCCUGCUACAGAUCAGUACUACAGGUGGCUCUCCGUCAUUGCAGGCCCCGUGUUUUAUAACCUAAUGAUGAUCAUAACGAGGGCCUGCUUUAAUGAACUCCAGGAGUCGUAUAUACAUUUAUGGCUAGUCCUGGACUACACCACAGACCUCAUCUACUUUGCAGACACAUUUGUCAGAUCAAGAACAGGUUACCUGGAACAAGGCCUGCUGGUAAAAGAUUCCAAAAAACUGAGAGAUAAAUACAGAACAACUUCUCAAUUCAAAUACGACAUGAUUGCAAUGAUACCCACUGAUCUGCUGUUUCUGAAAUAUGGAAUCAACAACCCGGAAUUCAGAUUAAACCGCCUUUGCAAACUGCCAAGGCUUUUUGAGUUUUUCGAGAGGACUGAAACCAGAACCAGCUUUCCAAACAUGUUCCGUAUCAGCAAUCUUGUGCUUUACAUUCUUACUAUCAUUCAUUGGAACGCUUGUCUAUUCUUUGCCAUUUCAAAAUCCAUCGGAUUUGGGUCGGACACUUGGGUUUACCCCAAUAUCAGCCACCCAGAGCAUGGCCGCUUGGCAAGAAAGUACAUCUACUCCCUAUACUGGUCCACGCUGACCCUCACCACCAUUGGAGAGACCCCCGCACCUGUCAGGGAUGUUGAAUACCUCUUUGUUAUUGCCGACUUCCUCACUGGUGUGCUGAUUUUUGCCAGUAUUGUCGGUAACGUUGGCGCUAUGAUCUCCAACAUGAACGCCUCUCGCGCUGAGUUUCAGGCGAAGAUUGACUCCAUAAAGCAGUACAUGCAGUUUCGAAAGGUCACCAAAGAACUGGAGGCCAGGGUCAUCAAGUGGUUUGACUACCUGUGGACUGAGAAGAAAACCUGUGAUGAAAAGGAAGUUUUAAAAACUCUCCCGGACAAGCUAAAGGCUGAGAUUGCCAUCAAUGUCCAUUUGGAUACGCUGAAGAAAGUGCGGAUUUUUCAGGACUGCGAAGCCGGUUUGUUGAUUGAACUGGUGCUCAAGCUGCAGCCACAAGUGUUUAGCCCUGGAGAUUACAUCUGUAAGAAAGGGGAUAUUGGCAGGGAGAUGUACAUCAUCAAGGAAGGGAAGCUAGCGGUGGUGGCUGACGAUGGAGUGACUCAGUUUGUAGUGCUGAGUGAUGGCGCGUACUUUGGUGAAAUCAGCAUCUUGGGUAUCAAGGGCAGUAAAGCGGGCAACAGAAGAACGGCCAACAUCAGAAGCGUGGGUUACUCUGACCUCUUUGCCCUUUCCAAGGACGACUUGAUGGAAGCCCUCACUGAGUAUCCAGAUGCCAAGAAGGCUCUAGAAGAGAAGGGGAAAGCCAUCCUGAUGAAGGACAACCUGAUCGACGAGGCGGUCGCCAAUGCCGGCGCCGACCCCAAGGACAUAGAGGAGAAGAUCGUUAAACUGCAGAGCAAUCUGGACACUAUGCAGACCAAGUUCGCCCAGCUGAUGGCGGAGUUCACGUUCAACUCGACAAGAAUGAAGCAAAGAGUGUCAGCGAUGGAGGACAAAGUGAAAUCCAUAAAACCAGAGGAUCUGUCUGAGGUGGUGGCCGACAAAGACAAAAAGGUCCAGUAACGCAAGAGACACUCGAGAACUUUACAGCACACGAGGGAGUGUCACUUUUUAAAGGCCCACAUUCAUAUCCAUUUAUACAGCACGUUUAUUAUCAGUAUAAUGUGUCAAACUGUGUACAGCAAAUGUAUAUUUCUGUGUGUAUGCUACGACUGACAGCCAAUUUCAUAUUUUUCAUAUAUAAAACUACUAAGCGUGUUGGGAAAAAAAAAGAUUUUCAUAAUAGUAGAACAAUUUUUGUCCCAGAAAAUCUUUUUCUUCCAUAUUGAUCUAUUUGUGAAGUAAAAAUGCAGCUGACACAUCCAUUUUACACUGCUUAAAAAUGUACAAAGUGAAAUGUCAGUGCUGUUGAUAAGUUAUCGGCUAUCGGCUGUAAAUCUAAUAUGUGAAUAAACAUUAAAGUGUUCAUAUAA